AUGGAGCACGAAGAUGAGAUGACGCGUCCCGACGUUAAAAACAUUGCCACGAAUUCAAUUCCCAAAGCUCGAUCUCCCGCGGAAUCAAACGAGGAACAAUCCCGGAUCGAUUUAAAUGAGGAACAAUCGAAUGCUGAAGUGAAAGAGCAACCGGAAAACAUAAACAUGGAGCAACCGCGGAUUUUUUCAUUCUUGAUCCUCGCCGCUAAACAUGAAGAUCUCGCCAAUUCUGCAAACACAACGGAAACCACUGAAUCAAUUAACUCGGAUGAUUCUGAAAUUCAGAUUGGGUCAACCAAAAAGAUCAUUAAAAAAGUGGCAUCAAAAAAGCGUACCAAUCUUAAAAAUCGGCCUAGGUCGGAUAAGCCAAUUAAAUUCGAUGAUCCGGGAGAUGAACCGUGCACCUAUGAGAAGUACCUUAAGAUGCAUCUUCCCCGAAUCAGAAAAGAUCAUAAUCAGUUGACCGAAAAAGAGGCCCUCGGCGUUGUUAAACAACUUUGGAACAUAUCGUGA